AUGGCUUUCAGAGCUGCUGCGCCCUGUGUGAGGCGCUUUUCUGUGCUCCUUGCACCGGCGCUGCGACAGAGGCCAGCGCCGGGAGCUUGUCGGUGGCCGCUCAGAUUCGCCAGCACCCAGGCUGGCGCUGGCGAUGCCACCGCUCCGGAACAAAGCAGGGACUCCAUGGCGGAGACGGUGAGCGCACAGCGCCAGGUGCUCUUCCCCAACGCCCAGAAGCUGGAAGAAGCUUAUCAGCAGCAGGACCUCCAGAAGAAGGUCGCGGUGCCGCCAGAGCAGUGGUCACCAAGGCGCGUGCCCUACAAGACAUACGAGAAGGAUGGGGCCGCGGAGGACGACAGCGAAGAGGAAGAGGAGGAGGAGGCGGCGACAUUGGCCGCGGAGGCAGAUGUCGAGGGAUUGGAGGUCGGAAUGGAAGAGGUGGGCUUCCGCUACAACGGCCCUGAGCCAACAACUUUCGGAGAUUGGGCGCACAAGGGACGUGUAGCUCGGUGGGCAAGAGCCAGCAAGCAGCUGCAGCUAUGCAUGUGA